AUGCGCCAUUGCCAAGUUGCUGACCCAGAAAGCAGUGGACACCUGACCACAGGCGUCGAGACUGGGGGUCUCCACUUCCAGUCCACUCUUCGAGCAGCCCGGGAUGCGCUGCCUGCUUCAGCCCGACAGCUACUACCACCUUUCCACCAGCUUGGGCUUGGAGCAGUGCCGGACAUCCAGGAGCAGCUUACGAGGGCGAUCGAGACGGGGGCUGCUGAGAGUUUGAGAGAGAGCCUGGAGGACUCCAUGGGGCGAGCGAGGCUGCUUUCGGAGUCGGGAGUGGGUGCUGGGGCUUUCCUUGGAGCGGUGCCGUGCAUGCAGUCUUUGCGUUUCACGCACGAGUGCUUCACCACCGCACUGCGCAUUCGGCUGGGUUUGCCUCAUCCGGCCCUUGCGGGGAUCCGACGAUGUGACUGCGGUGAGGAGCUGCCGGAGGGGAUUGCAGCGGGGCAGCACCUUCUGCGCUGUUCUCGGGGUGGGGAGCGCACGCUCACACAUGAUGGCAUCCGGGAUGCUCUGUACUUCAUCCUUCGGGACUCGGGCUACAGCGUGCGGCGAGAGGCGAGGGGCAUCUUUCCACUGAGAGAGGGUGAGACGGAGGGGAGAGUGAUGGAUCUUGUGGCAGCGGAUCCUCAGGGGGGGGCCGCGCCUUCUGGUUGA